AUGACUAGUCGGGAAAAUAUUUACAGCUGUUUUAAAGAUUGCGAUAAAUACUUGACAGACAGUGCAAAAACAAUUAAAAAUAGUGAAAUGGACGAGCUCAGCUCUUCGGGGGCCAUCAAUGACAAGAACAUUCACAAAAAUGGUGUGCUGAGGAGAUUUUCUAGUCACAGUUUUGAUAGAGAUGGUGAAACUGCUUUAUUUGUAAAUGAAACUAUUAAAAAUAGGAUUAUUUCCGAGAAAGUAGAGCUAGAGCCUACUCCAAAGAGCGUGCAUGGCAUUGGAGUUAGUUCUAGCCAAGUCAAUAUUAAAAUAGCAAGCAUGCCCAAGCAAGAUAGGCUUUGUAAAUUGCAAAUUAGAUCAAAGACGAAGGAAGACAACUCGGAUGCUUAUUCAUUUGAAGAGCUCAAAGCGAUGCUAAAUCUACGAACAGUCACCUUCGACGAAAUGCCCUCGAAUCCUGUGAAGAUUGGAGAAGCAUCGUUCUCAGAAGUCUACAAAAUUGGGAAUCUGAUAUACAAAAUCAUUCCCUUUAAUCAAUGGUAUAGCAUUGAAUCGUUUUGCAAGGAAGCAUUCAUUUUGGAUGUUCUGAAAAGUGAGGCCGGAGUAUGCAAGCUUGUAGAUAGACUGCUAAUUAAAGGCGGAUAUUCGCAGGAGUACCUCAGAGCCUGGGACAGUUUUGCGAAUGGAGACAACCCUAGACCCUCACAGUCGAACGACGAUCAACUCUAUGGAGUACUAGUGAUGAAUGACUGUGGAUGCGAUUUGGAAAAGUAUAGAUUUAAAAAUUUUACAGAAGUCGUUGAUUUUAUUGAUCAGCUCCUAAGUGCCAUCUGUAGUUUAGAGGAAAGAUUCAAAUUUGAGCACAGGGACAUGCACUGGGGAAACAUCAUGAUCAAGAAUUCGAUGGUGUAUAUCAUUGAUUUUAACUUUGCCAGGCUGGAGACGGAUAAAAUUGUAUAUACAGAUUUGAAUGCACAAGAAUGGCUGUUUGAAGGGGAUAGAAGUGUUGAUAUGCAGUUUGAGAUAUAUGUGGAAGCAAGGAAAGCAUGCAAAUCAAACUGGAAAGCCUUUAGCCCAAAAUCCAAUCUGCUUUGGGUCAGGUAUUUGCUUCGGAAACUUGAGCUAAAGUUGGAAACGUUCAAAGAAGAUGUUGGCAGUGCAAAAAAAAUCCAAAACAAGAGAAUGCUGGGGAAAAUUACCCAAAAAGCAUAUGAGUUUGCAGACUGUAAGGGAUUUAGGAAGUACUUCGACAUGUUUAUAUCCAAAAACAACCUCAAACCUCUAUCCAAUCAGUAA